UAUACGCAGCUUGAGAUCGUCUCAUCUGCGCCAACUCUGCAUCAACUGCACAUCGGAUCAACAACAAGUGGUUAAUGCUACCGCAAUCGAACAUUCGCCGUCGUUUUAGUUAUACGCCCUACAAGAGGACGCUCCGCUGUUUAAAAUGGCGUUAGGACUCUUCAGCAAGGCCAAAGAGGCCGACAGGAACUCCUCUACAGACGAAAAGUACCACUCCAAGGAUGCUGUACAGAAUCCUGCAAACAUCGGCGCUGGAACCGGCAGACUUUCUGAUCCCGGAGCAAACCGCGAUCCUGAGAUGGGUGUAGACAGCGAUAGCGAGAGCAGCAUUAUCGGGAAGCAGAUGGCCUUGGAGGCUAACAACGCGAUCAAGUAUCGCAGUUGCAGCUGGCAGAAGACUGCGGCUUUGCUGUUCUCCGAGUACAUCUGCUUAGCCAUCAUGUCCUUUCCUUGGUCAUACUCGAUUCUUGGCCUUGUCCCGGGUGUCAUUCUGACUGUCGUCAUCGCCGCCUUGGUUCUGUACACAUCUUUGACGACCUGGCACUUCUGCAUGCGCCACCCGGAGAUUCGCGAUGUGUGUGAUUUGGGUCAAAUGAUCUUCUGGAACCAAAAGUGGGCUUUCUACUUCACCGCGGUCAUGUUCAUUCUGAACAACACCUUUAUUAUGGGCCUGCACUGCCUUGUCGGCGCCAAGUGGUGGAACACUAUCACUGGCCACGAGCUUUGCACGAUCGGCUUUGCUGCAAUCACCGCCAUAAUCUCGUUCAUCGCCUCGCUCCCCAGGACGUUCUCCACGCUGGCGAAGAUCGCAACCUUCUCCGCUUUGUUCACCUUCAUCUCCGUUCUUCUGGCUGCCAUCUUCUCCGGAAUCGGCCAGAAGCCUGCAGGAUACCCUGAAAUGGGCGAGCUCGAAGUCUACGCUGCUACGCCCUCCGGCACUACCUUUGUUGCCGGCAUGAACGCAUUCAUGAACAUCAGCUACACUUUCAUUGGCCAAAUCACACUCCCCAGUUUCAUCGCGGAGAUGAAGAACCCCAAGGACUUCCCCAAGGCGCUUUGGUGCGUCACGAUCGCCGAGAUCAUCGUCUUUAGCUGCGUUGGCGGCGUCGUUUAUGCGUACACUGGUUCAAACUACAUGACAGCGCCCGCAUUCGGCUCGAUCGCGAACGAGAUGCACAAGAAGGUCGCAUUUACUUUCAUGGUCCCUACCAUCAUCUUCCUGGGCGUCCUGUACGCCUCGGUUUCUGCGCGAUUCAUCUUCUUCCGCAUUUUCAACAACACGCGUCACAUGGGUAACCACACAGUCCUGGGCUGGGCCGCGUGGGCCGGCAUUCUCGCCGUGCUCUGGGUCCUGGCCUUCAUCAUUGCGGAAGUGAUUCCGUUCUUCUCGGACCUGCUCUCGUUGAUGAGCUCGCUGUUCGAUUCGUUUUUCGGUUUCAUCUUCUGGGGUGUCGCGUACUUCCGCAUGAGGAAGGAGACCUAUGGCCCUAGGUUCUGGGCCGUUCGUGGAAUCAGAGGAUGGGCGGGCUUCAUCUUCAACGUCAUCCUGUGCGCAAUUGGUGUGCUGUUCUUGACCGCAGGUACUUACGCUACCGUUCAGUCCAUCAUCGACGGUUACGCAGCGGCCUCUUUCGGAGGACCCUUCAGCUGUGCAGACAAUGGACUUUGAAGAGACGGAUUGAUGAGUACAUUACCUUUCGUUUUUGGGGGUGCACUUCAUGUGUCCCUACGUUUGCCGACAAAUGUAUAAUGAUAGGGAAAACAGGGAAAUAUGGCGUAAAAUGGGAACAAUAUUGGAUAUUACGGUUGGGAAAAAGGACGUACAUUAAUGAAUCAAAUGCAUAUUGAAAGAACUUGUGUCAUGUGUUUCCCUUCGGUAAAGCGCAGAGAAGCUAUGACGUUUUCGUGGACGGCACAUGCAGACAAGUUGUCAACAUCCCGCCCGUCAACCUUCUUUCACUUUACUUCCUCGCAUACUGCAGACUUGGAUAAUCCCGUACUACUGUGCA